AAUAAUUAUGUCUAUGUAGAUUUUUAAUAUUUUUGUUGAUACCUAUCAUAUAUUUUUUUAUUUUAUUCAAAUUUAAAAUACUCAAACAUUGGUAUUUACUAUUGUCUAUUACUAUUAGUUUAAAAUUAAUAAAGAUAAUGAUCUACAGGACGAUUAUCUAUUUUAUCUUUAGGCAGCAUAUAUAUUGCAUUAUAAAUAUUGAAUUUUCUUUUAAUUAUAUCUUCUCAACUUAAUUCCAGCUGUUACUAUUCAUCUAUGGUAUUUAAUUAUAAUUAUGACUUUAAACUAUUAUUGUUAUUAAAAUUUAUUUGUGUGAUAUAAAUAAAUUUAAAGGUUUUAAACAUAUUUAUGUAUGUAUACAAUUUCUUCUAUAUCAUAAGAACAUAUCCAUUAUUCUUUCAUAAUGUAUGACUAUGAAUAUGGUGAUAUGUGUUUUGACGAAGAUAAAAUGUAAGUUUAAAAGUAUCUACUUAUUUGAUUAUAAUAUAUUUAUUUGAAUGUAUGUAUGUUUAGGGGUAUGAAAGUAACUUCAGGAGUUGUAACAAUUAAUAAGGACCCUACAACCAAUCUUAUAGGAAUAUCAAUUGGUGGAGGACCACCUCACUGCCCUUGUAUAUAUGUUAUUCAGGUGUGAUUAAAUUAACUAUAUAUUAUAUUCAUUACAUAUGCCAUUUACAAAAUUUUAAUCAUAGUAUAUAUUUAUAUAUAUAUAUUGUGGUGCAUUGGUAAAUAAAUGUAUGGAUAUACGCACCUAAAAGGGGUUUCUCGUUACACUCAAAAAGACAUUCCACCUACAUAAAACUACCUAACCACCUUACUACACCGACAUAUUGCCUAGACAUGUAUGUAUCAUCGUGUAUAACUUUACUGGCAUACUUCUAAAAUUUUAUAUUGGUAAUUUAUUUUUGUAAUUGUUUUAAAAUUUAUUUAUUUAGUUUCUAACAAAUAUGUAUGUAAUCAUGACUUUUAAAACUGGAAUUACGAAUUUAAUAAUAUUCAAUUGAACUUCGAUGUAAAAUAAAUGGUGUGAACAUAAAGACUUAAUUUGAAUGUGAAUUAUAACCUGAUAGUAUUAGGUUCAGUGGGAAUUUUGUUAUGAAGAUCUACAUUUUAAACUUGACUGCUGAUCUGUUCUCUUUUGGGAUUAUACAAUAAAAUAAUAAUUGCUUAUUAUUUAUUUAUUUUUUGGUUUUAUGGUGACUGUGAAUUAAAAGCUUGCGUAUACCUUUAAUGGUAUAUAUUUUAGUUGGCGUAUGCCUAUAAUCAACAAAUUUUCUCAUAGGUAUUAGUAUAAAUUUGAAACUAUUAGGGAACCAUUAUAUGUCGUAAUACAUCACUGUAUGUAUAUAGGUUAAACUAGGCAUAUAUAUAUGCUAUGGUUAGAGUAUAAAUAAUAGGUAAUAUUUAACUUAUCCACGUAAUUUAAACACUACCCAUACCAUUGAAUAAAGUAAAAUAUUUUGAACAUUAUCCUAGUAAUUUAUAUGUUAUCUACCAUUGUGUGGGUAAAGUACUUUGAUAAUAUGUACGACGGUAUUUAUGUUCACUUAUAGAAGAUAGGAAAUUCUCAAUCCUUGAAUCCUGAUUCAUGGGUUUAAAAAAAUAUUGUAAAAGAGAACGUUACACGAAAACACGAAAAUAUUCAGAUAUAAAUCUGUAGUGAUUUUAUAUAAUUUAAAAUGCAAUCCAACUUUAAAUUAAAAAAAACUAAUCACAAUAUUCUUUUAAGUUGAUCAUUUUUUUUAAAAAAUAUUAAUAAUUAUUAAUAUUAUAUUUAUUUUUUUCAAACAAUAAGUAUUAAGUAACUUAAUAUAUAUAUAUAUAUAAUCUUAUAUUUAAUUUAUUAUUAUUUAUUUAUUUAUUUUAUAACACAUUGGUUAAUGUUUACAUUAUCCAUAAUUUAAGUAUUUUCGAAUAAUUAGUAAUAUACAAAAAUGGAGUGUUCACACUACGAGAAAUGUUUACAUAAUCCAUUUUCAUACUUUUUAUAUGAAUAAUAUUACAUAUCACUAUAUAAUAGGUUUCAGACAAUUCACCAGCUGCAUUAGAUGGUACAUUAGAAAGUGGGGAUGAACUUUUAGCUAUUAACAAUGAAUGUGUACGUGGUCGUACUAAGAUGCAAGUAGCACAAAUGAUUUUAUCAAGUGUUGUAAGUUCAAAUAGUUUUAUAUUUCCUUACAAUAUUCACAAUACAUAAUUGAUUAAUUUAUUAUAUUUAAUUUAAAAAUACCUCAAAUAUAGUAUGUAUAUAAAUUUACUUUGAAAUUUAUUUAUUCAACAUCUAAUAAUUACAUCAUAUAUAUUUAAUAUUUACAUUACAUUAAAUUUAAUAUCUACUCCCGAUAGGCAAAGUUUCUGACUGGAGGAGACAGUCUUUUACAACAAAUUAAGUAUUACAAAUUACAAUAUACUUUAUAAGUUUAAAAGUUAGAUAGGAUACAUAAGAAACACUUAAAAUAUCAAAUAUAUAUUUUGAACUGUUUUUAUUUUUAGUACUAAUAAUGAGCAUAAAGAAAAAAACAGAUUUAGAGUUAAUGCUAAACAUGAACAUACAGUUUUUAAAAUAUGUAUUUUUUAUUCAAAUGUUUAUAAGUUAUUCUAUUUUUAUUUAAUAUUUGUUUAUUAGGAUCGAGUUAUAUUAAAAUAUAAUAAAUUACAUGCUGAUGCUCGUCAAGGUAAAACAUUGGAUAUUGUAUUAAAAAAAGUUAAACACAGAUUAGUGGAGCGUAUGUCAGCAACUACUGCCGAUUCUUUGGGAAUGUCUCGCGCUAUACUUGUUAAUGACAGUCUAGUUAAACGUUUACAACAAUUAGAUGACAUGGAACAAUCAUAUCGUCACUUAGUUGACCAUACAGAGCGUGUGCUUCGUGCUUUUUAUGCUUUGACCCAGUGUUUUAAAGGUACUUUUUCAAUAAAAGUAUAUUAUUAUUUAAGUAUACUUCAAUAAUUUAAUUAAUAUACUUUUUAUAUUUUAUUCAGAUUUUGGUGACACUUUUGCUGAAAUAGGUGCAAGAGAACCACAACCUAGAGCGAGUGAAGCUUUAGUACGCUUUGCUGAAUAUCACAGACGAAUGGAACGUCAGGGCCUUAUGCUAAUUAAAGCAUUAAAACCUGUAAAUAUAAGCUUAAUAAUGUAAUAUUAUUUUUGAUAAAUCUAAUUUACAAUUUUGGAAUAGAUAUCUAGAUCGUUUGGUACGUAUUUAAAUAAAGCUAUUCCAGACACCAAACAAACAAUACGAAAGUAUGCAGAUGUUAAAUUUGAGUAUUUAUCAUAUUGUUUAAAAGUUAAGGAGUUAGAUGAUGAAGAAAUAACUUAUUGUUCUGCAGAUGAACCAUUAUACCGUAUUGAGACAGGAAAUUAUGAAUAUAGGUAUGAACAUAUUUCUGUUAGUUUAUAACUAGAGAUUAUACUUUUUGCUUUAAAUAUAAUUAUUAGAUGUAAAGAAAAAAUUAAUAAAAUGUCUACUUGUUACAAAAAAAACCAAUAAACCAUUUUCAAUAUUUGGCAUGUAAUUUCUUCUUUGUUUUUGACCCAAUUUAAAAAUACAAUGCAUUCAUCAGCAAAUAAACAAAAAUAUAUUAAAUAUAUAUAUUAAUUAUAAAUUAAAUUAAAAAUUAUAAUUAAAAAUAUAUUUUUGUUUAUUUGCUGUUAAAAUUCUAAAAAAAAUGUGAAUUUUAUCAGUACAAUUUCAGGCUCCAACAUUUAAUAUUAUAUUUUAAAGUUAAAAAUGAGUAAUAUUGGUUAAACUGGUAAUUUUACCCCAAGAUAUAUUACAAAAGUUAAAAAGGAUAACUUCUAUUUUUGAUAAUACAUCUGAGAAUCUACUAUGUAUACAAAAUAUUUAAAUUUAAUGUGUUAUAUUAAAAAAAAAAAAAUUCUAGCCAACAUUCAUUAUUACAUUUGUGUAACAUAUUUGUCAUACAAUAUACAUGUUCAUAAUAAAUUUAAUAUUUUGAUAAAUUUUAAUUAUAAACUAUAAUGUAUUUUUGUACAGACUUGUACUGAGAUGCCGCCAAUUAGCAAGAAAACGAUUUGCUGCUCUUAGGGAAGAUGUUUUGGCUAAAAUAGAAUUAUUAGAAAAUAAACAUGUGCAUGACGUUGUAGGUCAAUUGCACGCUAUUGCUUCACAAAUGGCUGGUUACAAUCGAGAAAUAAGUCGUAUGAUGCUUGGUGGAGGAAAUGAUGAUAGUGAACCACCAUUAUUUCCUAUUGAAAUGGAUUUGACACGUACUGCGUUUCAAUAUGAGUCCGUCCAGCCACCUAUUAAUGAUAAUUACCAAGAUGACCAACAAAAUGUAAGAAAAUACCGUUAUAUUCUCAAAUAACUGAUUUUAAAAAAAAUAAAUUUUAUAAUCUUUCAAUGUUUUUUAUCAUAGGAAAAUGUUCAUAAUCCGAGAGUUUACAGAGAUUUACCAUUACCACCUAAAAAGAAUGACUCAGUUUCAGCAGCUUUUAAAGAAUUAUCACAAUUACAUUUGGAUACUGAUGAAAUAGAUACCGAAAACCAAACUCAAACAGCAUCUUCUCCAUUGCUAUUAGAUUUAUAAUUAUUUUGAUGAAUAUUAAAUUUAAAAAUGACAUAUUCCCCAUAUUAUUUAUUUCUAUUCAUUUUUAUGAAUACUUAAAAACUAAUAUACAUUUAAUCACAUAAAAUAAGCUUUGUUAGUUACUUUUUAUCUGUGCAUUUUAUACUUUAGUCGCACUUAUCAACUUAAUAUAUAUAUUAUUAAGACUAUAAUAUAAUAACCUAUAUUGAAAUAUAAAUUACUUGUUUUUCACGUUCUUAUUACUUCUAUUUCCUGUCAAAUUUAUAAAGUAGAUAAUCAAAAUACAGU